AUGGAGUCUGAGCUCUCCCCCAAGUUCGCCCCCUUCAUCGGGAUGGCCGGCAUCGCCGCCGCCAUGGUCUUUGGCUGCAUCGGAGCCGCCUACGGCACCGCCAAGUCGGGCAUUGGCAUCGCGGGUGUAGGAACGUUCCGACCGGACCUCAUCAUGAAGUGCCUGAUCCCCGUCGUCAUGUCCGGUAUCAUCGCCGUGUACUCGCUCGUCAUCUCCGUCCUCAUCGCCCAGGACCUGAAUCCCCCGGACAAGGAAAGCUACUCCCUCUUCUCCGGCUUCCUGCAUCUCGCAUGCGGCAUUUCCGUCGGCAUGACUGGCCUCGCGGCUGGCUACUGCAUCGGCAUCGUCGGUGAAAACGGCGUCCGCGCAUACAUGGAGCAGUCGAGGAUCUUUGUCGGCAUGGUGCUGAUCCUCAUUUUCGGCGAGGUUCUGGGUCUCUACGGCCUCAUUGUCGCCCUGCUCCUCAACACGCGCGCCAAGGGCUGA